AUGCCGUCAACCAGUCUCUGCCAAGACGAGACAUGUCCUCCAUACAGUCUCAUGGACGAUUACAGCGAAGGAGCCCACCCACAAAUUCUUGAGGCUCUUCUCCUCACAAAUUCUACCCAGCAAGUCUCUUACGGGAACGAUGAAUAUUCAGAUGCGGCGAGGCGAAUGAUUCGGGAGCGAAUCGACUGUGGCGAAGAUGAGGCAGAUAUUUUUUUCGUGCCCAGCGGAACAUCAGCGAAUCUGAUUUCAAUCGCUAGCUGUUUACGACCGUAUGAGGCUGUCAUUACCUUGGACUCGGGCCAUAUUGCCUGCAAGGAAGCUGGUGCAAUUGAAGCCACCGGUCACAAGCUUAUCCUCGUCCCGGCCGUUGACGGCAAAAUGACGACGACAAAUUUGCAAAAGGCUUUGCAACAGAAUCAAUUCUUCCCUCACAUGGCUAAGCCUCGACUGCUUUAUAUUUCCAAUGCUUCGGAGACCGGUACGGUUUACACUAAGCGCGAGUUAAGCAGUCUAUCUGCUUUGUGCAAAAAGAUGAACCUCCUACUUCUGGUGGACGGUGCUCGGAUCGGAACAGCCAUGUGCUCAAAGAAAAACGACAUGACUCUACGAGAUAUCUUCGAGUUCGCCGAUAUUUUCUGGAUCGGUGGUACCAAAGCUGGUGCUCUCAUGGGAGAGGCGAUUGUCGUCAAGAAGGCCAUCGCCGAGGGAUUUGUGUUCCACCUCAAACAGCACGGUGCACUCUUAGCGAAGGGACGGAUUAUGGGUAAGAUCUCCGCCAAUUUUGAAGAGCUAGGAUACCAGCUGGCGGCGGAAACAGAGACAAAUCAGGUCUUCAUAACCAUGCCGCAGCAGUUGGCUCAGAGGCUCCAGGAUAGAUUCCGAUUCUACAUCUGGGAUCAGUUAGAUGAUGGACAAGUUGUCGUGAGAAUCGUGACAUCUUGGGCUACGGACGAGUUGCAGGUCGACAAGUUCAAUGCCCGAGCCAAAGUGAAAUGUGUUCAUGAUGGCAGCCCUCCUUGUGGGCGCUGCCAACGACUCAAGGCCCAGGGAUGCGCCCUGACAGAUCCCCGCGUUUCAAGGCCAGACAAGCCAAAAGGGAACGCGAAAUCCCUGGCUUCGCGGAAGCGAAAGGCUACCUCCGACCUGUCUCCAACGCUUGAGGGCGAUCACAGCAUCAGCAGGAUGACCCCUGGUAAUCUCGUUGACAGCCAAGAGAAUCCGAUCUCAGCCUUAUCGCAAGCCACUGUGAUCAGUGCCGUCGAAACAUAUCGAAAGAAAUUCCCGGUCGCGAAUUUCCUGCACUACCCAUCAUUAAUUUCCGACAUUUCCUCCAAUUUCGAAUCCAUAGAGCCGAUAUUCAUUGCCUCCCUUUUAUCUCUGUGCAGGCGUUUUAUGGCUGGGGAUGCGCUUGGGGAUGAAGAGAUCUACGCUGAUUAUGCCCGGAGAAAUCUUGCGCACCGUGUCCUCGAGGCUCCUUCAUUAUAUCUCGCUCAAUCACUAGUAAUAAUUUCGUUUUAUGAAUGGGGGACUGGGCGCCCAUACCAGGCUUGGAUGUACAGCGGCAUGGCCACCUACAUGAUUCAAUCACUUCUUAAAAUGGCCGACGACAGCAUGGAGCAUAAUCCCCAAGAUUUCCAUGCUUCCCAAACCCAAUACGAACAGCUCGUCCGCACUUACUGGGUUUGUUUUGCGCAAGAUUGCGAACUGAGCUCCGGAGCUCGGCAGCAUUUUGCUCUAUCAUUUUCUCACAUCUCAGUCCCGCUUCCGAUCAGCGACCGAGAUUUCACCUUCAACCAGGUACCAGAAAGGAGGCUGAUGCCGGCCGAUAUGAACAAGCAAUGCAGUCUUGCAAGAAACCUAACAAUUGAGCACGGUCUGACGAUCGUUACUCGUGGCUUCGACAUAUUUGUGCGGAUCUUGAGAUUUGCGAAUGAACAUCGCCGUGCCCUUGCUUCUCUAACUUCAGACGAUUCCGAAGCUUCGCCACUUCAUCGGGAUUGGCAACGACUCAAAGAAGAGCUGGACGAAUGGAGGUCACUCCAGGAUAGGACAGUCCGUUACCCAGACACAGCCACCCAAGCACAUGUUUCCCUCGGGUACGGGGAGCUGUUUGCCUACAUAAACCUACUCUACUUCAUGAGUAUUUUAUUUUUGCACCGCGAUCGCUUUCUCUCAAAUCUCAAACCGCACUCUGACGUUUUUCACGACAUGAACCACGAUGACCAAUAUGAGCCUUACACGAUCAAGCAAUUAUUUGAAGCUGCGCAGAACAUUGGAGGGGUACUAUCGGCACUUGAGAAUUCAGAAGCGGCAGUUAUGACCCCCUACUCCGGGUUCAGCGUAUUUGUCGCGGUGCACAUCAAUAUGUACGGUACUAUCGCUCCGGCACGCUAUCCUGGAGGAGUCGAGCGAGCAGAGGAAGAGAAAGGUCAGAAUCUCGCCUAUCUCGAGCGACUCAGUAAACUAUGGCCAGUCGGUCGGAGCUGGUGGCGAACUGUACAAGAAGCAAACCGGUUUUACGAAACAGUGAAGAACUCUCAGACACACCCCGAGUCCGGCAUGCAUAGCCCUAGGAGGUUUGCUUUAGCAGGAACACUUGAUGAAUAUGGUGACAUUCGUGCUCGUCCAAGGGCAAUGAGUACCGAGCCUGGAAGCACCCAAAGCUCACAUAAUAUACACCGGGCAGCAUCGUCGCCCAGUUUUGAAGGCGAUAACUCGCUUUUUAACAGAGAUGGCACUGUAUUAGCAGGGCAUCCUGAUUUCGAGACGGACAUGUUCCAAUGGCCCUUCAUUGAUGCAUCAUGGGCCGCAGGGUUUGACGCUGGCCUCGAUGGUCUGUGGCACAACUCGGGUCUAUUCGAUCCGAAUCCUUCCUUGCGAUAA